AUGCAAAGAGCAGUAGUUUCAAAAGGGUUUCAAAGUAUAUAUGAUAACAUUAAUAAGUCUGUAUGUUACUUAAAUAUAAAAAAUUGUGAUUUUGGGAUUGGAUAUAAUCAAGCAAUACUCAACAUUAAUUUGUCUCCAGAAAACAAAAUUUGUAUAGAAACAAGGGCAUUUCAUUUUAUUAAGGAGUUGUUGCAAGAAAUAAAAAAAAGAUUGCCUGAUAAUUUAGAAUUUUUUAAAAAAUUAAAAUUAUUCUCACCUGCACAAUGCUUGAAUCAAAUAAAUACACCCUUUAGUGAUUUGCCGUUCAUUAAUAUAUUUCUAAAUCAAACUGAUUUUAUUUUGGUGGGAACGCAGUGGGAUAAAUUGGUAACUGUUACCUGGAAAAUGUACCUUAAUGAAAAGGAGUUACACGAUAGUCACCAAUUUUGGCCUAAAGUGUACAAUUAUCAAGAUGCUGGAGGUAAUUAUGCGUUUAGAGAAUUAGCAGGAUUUGUUCUUAAAAUCCUUUCCUUACCAUCAAGUAAUGCUGUUGUAGAAAGGGUAUUUUCUAUUAUGAAUACUGUUAAAACUAAAGCUAGAAAUAGGAUAAAUACUAAAAUGUUAGAUGCUUUAUUAAGAAUUAAAUGUACAUUCAUUUCUACAAACAAAUGUUGCACUACAUUUUCCCCAUCUAAAUUGAUGUAUGAUAAAUUUAAUUCUGAAAUAAUGUACAAAUGUGUAAAUAAUGUAAAUACUGUGAAUAAUGUGAUAGAUGAAGAAUUGUUGACCGAUGAAUUAGUUGAUAUUGUAAAUGAAAUAAGUUUACCAGAUUUUUAUGACUAA